AUGUCGGAGACAUUCUACGCCACAAAAAGCUUCCAUGGAAGUGAUCAUAGCUUCCCUGGUCUCCAAGCCUGCUAUCCAUGGCAUUGGCUGCGUCUUGUCCCGGACACGGCGAAGCCGUUUUCUCCACACUGUGCUCUCGGCCACCAUUCCAUGUCUUCAGCGUCCGAGUCGCCGUUUAAGCCUCCACCGAUCGUCGAGUGUGUUUCUGGAACUCACUGUCUCGGCAUCGGCAAGAAGGUCUACGUUCCCCAUAGAGUCUGCUCCGACUGUUUGCAACGACACGACCCACAACAACUUCGUAUCUGGGCAAAUUCCAACCCUGCUGCUCUACUACUUAUCAACGAAGAGACUGCACGAAAGCACGUGUUGAAGAGAAACAUCGAAGCCCGCGGCCGUUACCUCUGCGCCUUCGAAGAUCCAGACUACCAGCUUUGUCGGUGGAGGCUACUUGAUUUGAACCUUCGUGGUACCCGACUGGAUUGCCCUUCUGUCCGCAGGAAGGGUACCGCUUGCUCAAAGUGUUGGAGGAAACGCCUGAGGAAGAUUUCAGUCGUGCAGCACUUUACGCCGGCUGGGCUUUGCCAUGACGAAGCAGACCGGGUAGUGACUAGGUUGGAAGCUCUCCUCAUGCACGACUUAAUUGCCAUGCUGGCACCCCCUCCAAAGCCUCACUGCGCCUUUGGUCCUGCUUGUGACUCACGUCCCGAGGGACAAGAACACGGCCCAGAGAUCUGUUCGUGGUGCAGGAAUCUGAGCAUUGAUGCGCUUUUCAAACAAGCCGACAAGCUAUCCGAUAAUCGGUCGCUGAAGCGUCUCAUCCACGAGUACAUGCGGCAACUCGAACGAGAGCACACUGAGCGUGUCAGGAAAGGUUGGUCGUUUUUAUGCGCCUGCAAAGAUCCGGAGUACCGUUCUCAAUCCUGGCGCAUCGUCUUUAAUCCAAGAGAUUCGCGGGCAUGUGGAACAGUGCGAUAUCGUGGCCAGCUCUGCGCGCGAUGUUUUAGCAAAGCACAGGAUCAGGAAUGCCCAUGGCUUGAGCAGUUUGACGGUGACCGACUCGGUUUCCCGUGCGCAUUCGAAGACCCACGAUUGAGAAGACCGGUCGAUACGAAUUGGAAGUUGGGCCCAUUGGAUGCGCGAGGGAAGCCUGACCCCAGCUGGGAGAAGGAUCCGAGAAAAGACGGGCGCUUUACCACACCUCGAGAUAAAGUCUUAUCACUACUCGCCGCAACAGUCUUAUCACAACUCGCGACAAUAGCUUUACCACACCCCGCUACAACAGUCUCGCCCAACAUGGAACCCAGAGAACAUUUAGACAAAAAGAUGCUCAAAGAGAUCGACACCAACUUCAACGACGCCAUCAAGAAAACCCCGUCAACCCCGUCGACCCCGAAGCAUGAGAUCGAUUCGCUCAGCUCCUGCUGUCCUGAAUUUGCCGACCCAGACCGAUGCAUUGCGCGCUUGCGCCAACACUCGCAAAACGGGGACCCGUGUCUAGCCUGUUCAAUAGCACAUCCUCGCCUUCUCCGAUUGAUACACGGUUUCAAGAGCGAAACAAACGACCACAUUCUCGCAAUCAUCGAACGCCAACAUACAUUCACCAUGCCCGGACAAUAUGCUUGUGUCUCACGCCACCCUCGAUACCAUUACUUUGAUAAGAAGGUGCCCGCGUGGAUGGACAAGUUGAUCGAUGCGAGGAUAAACCGCGACGCUGGCAACAUCCUCUACAGUACCCAGAUCCAAUGUCCCACGUUGGCUUGCGAAGAGGAACUCUGCCCGCCUUGCCUAUCAGCAUUGCGUCUCAGAGCUCCUGAGAUGGUCGAAGCGUUAUAUCAAUCGACUGUAUAUUUCAGCCGGUUCGGAAAAUUGGUGCCGACUUGCGGCAUACAUUCGCCGCCUGGCGAGCAUUAUAAUUUCUCGCCGGCUUGA